AUGUUUGAUGGAACGGAUUUGUCUAACCACAUUCAUUCUGAUGACUUUGCAGUUGAUAAUACUGAUUCUAAAGAUCCUUCACUAAAUUCACUGCGUGAAGCGAUCAUUAGAACUGGAGAUGAACUGUCAGAAACAGUUGAAAUACCACUGAAGUGGAUUCAAUUGGAAAAGUCUCUGCUGGAAAGAAAACACCUCAAACUUAUUUCAGUUAAGAUCGUCGUGGCGAUUGAUUCAGAAAAUGAGUUUCCUUUAGGUGAUAUGGAACAGAUCAAACUAUUCCUUCGUUAUCACCAUGCCAAAGGCACACUUGUUUAUUUUGAUGAAGAACCAAUAUCAGAGUAUGUUGUGCUUGAUCCUCAGUAUCUCAUCGAUGCAUUCAAGUGUAUAAUCACAAGCGAAAGAUUCUGCACAAAUGAACCUGAAAUUCGUCCACUUUGGAAGAUGUUACUGACAGACGGAAGACUUGAAAAACAGCUGAUUGAUCGCCAGUGGGGAAAACCUGAUAAUAAGCUCGACAUGUUUAUGCAAAACAAAGAAAUUCUUCUUUCAUUUCUUGUGAAACAUCACAUUAUAUCAGAAGCAAAGAUUUUUGAUGAAGACGCUAAACACUCGACAGGACUAGGAUGGUUUUGGGUUCCAAGUCUGCUGAGAGACCAUUCAUCGAGAACAGAGAAAACAGAAUUUCUAAAUGGAAGGAAACUGACAAAACUUCGCUAUGUGUUAUUUUUCAAAUCCUCGCCAAUAGUGUCUACAGUCUACCAUCGUUUAGUAUCAGCUGCAAUAGGAAAGUGGCCAGUAGCAAAAGCUGGUAAGAAAACAUUACUAUUUAAAGAUAUGUGUAUUGUCAGACUGAACGUGGACCACGCGGGAAUAAUAGAGAUUAGACAUGACAGUAUUGACGUAACAGUCGUUGGUCUAUGUCACGCGACAGAUGUUAAAAGUGAACAAGCUGACCGUUUUCGACGAUUUUUGGAAUCGGUAACAACACAUGAAUUUCAGAAGCUAAGAAGUACAGAAGAGACCAAUGACAAACCAUACACAAUUAUGUUCCGAUGCAAUAACGACAGUCAUGGUGCAAGUGGAAGUGAAAACCUAAUUUCCAUAGAUGACAUGAGGAGAGGAAAUGUAGUUCCAUGUCCAGACUUGAUACCCCAUGACAUCGACAUAGUAACGGCAAAGGAAGAGUGGUUUCAAGAGAACCAAAAUAUAACAGUCAUUCCAAACAAUCAGUUGACAAACAAAUUACUUAGCAGAUUGUCGCAGUGCAUUGGUGAAAACUGGCAAUUGCUGGGGCUCGAACUUGGGUUGACGCAAGUUCAGAUAGAUCAUAUUGUUGAAGACCAUCCACGUAGUGCUUUCAUGAGGAUAUAUGCCAUGCUUCAAAAGCGGUUUCAGGAAAAUGUAGAUAAAGCAACACUAAAGACACUAGUUGAAACCCUGCAACGGUGUACGCUUGUGCACGUUGAUUGGGACAGACUGAGAAACGUUGUAGAUGAACUAAUGCGAAUUACUAAAUACAUACAUGUAAAGUUUCCGGUUAAAACGGAAAAUGAAGAAAUGGCGAAAUCUAACGAUUAUACGAUUUUACUGUGCGGUGAUCCAAGUGUGGGAAAAUUUGAGAUGGCCUGUUCAUUUACGAAAGGGAAAUUAUUUAACAUUACGAGUAGUGAUUUUAUGGUCAAAACUAUUGAAGUAGCUGGAAAGAAAGUCAAUGUAGAAAUAUGGGACACCACAGGUCUAGAGUAUUCGGUAAUGUUUGGACAGUAUUGCAGAUGCGCAAUGGGCAUGAUGUUGGUGUACGACAUUACAGACAAAAAGACCUUUAAACACAUACUUGAUUGGUUAGCCAAGGUGAAACGGCAUAGAAUUGAUUUAGAAGACUUGCAAAUCAUUCUGAUAGGGAACAAUUGUGAUUUGGAACAUAUGCGAAAGGUACCCAUGGAGAAAGGAGUAAAGCUUGCAUCAUCAUUGGGCAUUAAAUUCAUGGAAGUAAGUGUUAAAGAAAGUAUCAAUGUAGGAAAAGCAUUUCUUACCUUAACAGAGGAUAUGUUAGCUCACACGGAAAAGUUAGCUAACAUGGAAAAUCCGUUGAAUAAGAAGACCUUUUUAAGAAGAAUUUUCCAGCCGAACCUUGGAGGAAAGGCACAAACAGCCACAACAGUUCCGGAAGAAAUCCAACAAGAUCCGUACGCUUUAGAUCUGUACGAGAGGGCUUUGAGAGAUGGCAUAGAGAAAGACAGGUCCAUUCGUAUUAACAUCGUCGGUAAUUACAGACAAGGUAAAACGUCUCUGAUGAGAAGACUGUUAGGACGGAAAGUCUCUGAUGUUUCAAGCACAGAUGGUAUAGAUGUCAUUCAUUACAAAUGUCACCGUACUGUGGAUGGGAAAUUUUCUUUAAACAAAGUCACAGAAAAUGAUGAAUCUGACGUUGUUGAACGGCUGGUUUCUGCUGCUUUGACAUCAAAACAUGACCAGCACUACGCUCAAAAGGUUAUGGAACAUGAAUGUGAUCAAGUACAGCAGAUGCUAGAGAGCAAUCGACAGGAAAUUAAAGGAUUACCCUCUUACCGUUUGUCAAGUGAUUUUGAAGACACCGCAGGUAUUGAAAAUAAAUCAAAAAAGAGAGUGUUGUCCGAAAAAGAGACGGAAAUGUUUACCAAAAAAUUAUCUCAAAGAAAGUCACAGACCAUAGCCAAGGAGACCGAAACAUUAUUUGACAUUUGGGAUUUCGGCGGACAGCAUGUUUUCUACGCCACCCAUACGUUAUUUCACAGUAAAAAUGCAAUUUAUUUGUUGGUAUUUGAUCUGUCGUUGGACUUAAAGAACGUGAUUGUUAAUGAAGAUUUUCAAGAGGAGUCUGAGGAUAAAGAUAUGGCGUAUUUCCUUCGUUUUUGGAUGAAUUCCAUUCAUUCAUUUGUUGGCACAGAGGAUGGUUCUAUACCCAAAGUUAUUCUCGUAGGUACCCACAAAGACAAAGUAAAAGGAAAUGCAAAAGUCAAACACCAACACAUUAAACAAUAUUUCAAUCAAAUAAGAGCAUUGUUUGAUGGAACUAAAUUGUUAAAUCAUAUACAUACCGAGGAUUUUGCAGUUGACAACACUAUUGCGAAUGAUGAAGAAGUGGUAGCACUGCGUGAAACAAUAAUACGUCUAGGAGAUGAACAGUCAAGAACAAUAGAAAUACCAGCAAAAUGGAUUCAGAUGGAAAUGUCACUUAGAACACGGAUACAUCUCAAACUGAUUCCAUUUGAAAUAGCCCUUGCCAUUGAUGAGGAAAAUGUUUUUCCUAUCGGCGAUCCAGAACAAGUAAAGUUGUUUCUGCGAUAUCACCAUAGUAAAGGAAGGAUCAUCUACUUUGACGAGGAACCCCUUUCGGAGCACAUUGUUCUUGAUCCUCAGUAUCUUAUAGACGCCUUCAAAUGUAUUAUCACAACUGAGCGUUUUUGUACAAACGAUCCAGAUAUUAGACCUCUUUGGAAAAUAUUACACAAAGAGGGUAGGCUAGAAGAAGAUUUGAUUGACAAACAGUGGGGAAAAGAUGUUGAAAAAAUGUUCACGCAACACAAAGAAAUAUUGAUUUCCUUUCUCAUCAAACACCACAUCAUUUCUGAGGCAACACGAUAUGACGACGCUACACAACAAUCCUUACGACUUGGUUGGUUUGUUGUUCCAAGCUUGUUGAAAGCACGACUUCCACAGUUUCAAUUUCAGCAGUUCCUGAAAGAUAAGAAGCAAACCAAUGUCCGUUUCGUGAUGUUAUUUGAUAAUUCAACCAUAGUUCCAACGAUAUAUCAUCGUACAAUGGCAGCUCUUAUCGGCAAAUGGCCAGUUGCACAAUUUGGCACAACUGUUCUUAUCUCCAAAGAUAAGUGUGUUGUCCGACUGAACAUAGAUCAUGCUGGAAUAGCGGAAAUGGGGCCUGAUACAAUCGAACUGACGGUUGUCAGUCUUUGUCCUUCUUCGAUCGUUCAAACUAGGCAAGCAGAUAUUUUCAGACGAUUUUCGGAAGCGGUUAUCAAUUGUGAAUUUUCGAAGUUGGAAAGGAAGUGUCAUAAUCAUACUAAACCUUACAAAACGAGGUACAGAUGUAAUGACGAGGGACACAAUGGGAGCGGAAGUAUCAACACUAUAGACAUUGACAAACAAAACGACAUAACCCAGAUUCCAUGUCCAGAUUUAUUCUCGCAUGUAAUAGAUAUUUGGAAAGUGAGACUGGAAUGGUUUCAAGAUCGUACUGAAAAAAUAGUAAUUUCAAAAACGGAGCUGAAUGAAAAGAUUUUGAGUAAAAUAUCACGGUGUAUAGGACAUAACUGGCAGAUUCUUGGGUUGGAACUUGGCGUUGGACAGGUACAGAUAGAGCAAAUAUCUGAGGAUCAUCCGCACAGUACAGCAAUGAAGAUAUAUUACAUGUUGAAAUCAUGGUGUUGUCAAAUGGCUGGUUCAGCAAAUAUGAUUGUAUUAGUACAGAAAAUGCAAAAAUGCCCAAAUGUGAGUAUUGAGUGGGAUGCGAUCAGAAACAUUGUGGAUGACAUUAAGUAGAAUAUUCAAUAUAUAAAUUUCAAGUUAAGACAUGGUAAACGCGAUUUCCUUAUAUGAAAAUACUGCAUUAAGUUCGUUAAAUCAAAGUCACUUUAAAUGCAAAGAAGUUAAAGUAGAACUAAACAGAUAAUCUGAGAUUGUUAAAGUUAGCACAGAAAUGGAGAGUAUGAAGAAAAUGGGAGACGUUAAGUAAAAAGUGAAACUGGUUGUGAAACAGCUCGUACAAAUUUCAGUCGUGUAAAUACUUUUUGUGGUGUUUUCGUUAAAGGCACUGUGAGAAACUCUGGCCAAUAUUACUUUGAUUGGUAAUAAUGAUUCAAUUGACAUUAAUGAGACAAUGGCUAAGUACAAGGACUAGAAUGAAAAUUUUAACCUGAUAAUAAUUGGCAGGUCGUUAAGUGUAUAAUUAAAAUGAACAAUAACAGGCAAUAUAGGGAUAUCACAUGCGUUUCGUGUUAUAACAUCUGCUAGAAACGACGGGACUGAAUUCUUCCAAAGUCUUUCAGGGCGAGUGUACCAGCGUGUUCACAGGUAUAAAACAUGUUAGAAGCUACAUGUGUACGAAUUUAUGUCGAUCAACGUCGUUUGCGUUUCUCCAUAGAAUGCAAAUAUAAAACAAUGCUUUUCCUGAUAACACACACUUUAUCUACUGGCAAUAACCCUUUGAAAAUAUCAAUAACAUCAGUUUAUUGUUAAUACAUAUACACAAACUGUCUUAUUCCUUCAACUUGGAGCCAAGUUACCAUAAUACAUAUACAAAGCUGUUUAAUUCAAUAUAUCUUUUAACGGGUAUUAUUUACCUGCUGCUAUUUUUUACUUUUUUACGACCAAAUCAGCUUCGUAAAUAUUGGCCUCGUACAAAUUUGUCACAUAAAGUCGAGUAAACUGGUAGAUCCUGUGACUUCGUAUAUUUAGAAUCGUAUAAAGUAAAAUCAUGUGUUUUAUUCGAAAUCCGUAAACUCUAACAGCAGUAAAAAUAACCAGUUAUACGGCAGUGUGUAAUAAAUGUUUCUUUUUAAGUAUAUUGUAAGUAAAAUGCUCUACCAUUUAUGGAAAACGUAAGAGCAUGACAUUCAUUAUCAUGCAAACUACCCCUUUGUUUUUGUUUCCCUAGCCCUUGAGCAAGCCAGUGAUAUUCAUUCAUAAUGUUGAUAGAAUUUAUAUAAUUACCUGGAAAAUUUAUAAAAAAAAAUACUUUAAAACCGUCAUUUGUAGUUUGAAAUGUACCUUUUAGAUGUAUCAUUUUUCAUUAAAAUGUUUGUUCAUGCAAUUAUUUGUAAUGAUAUUAUUUCAAUGGAAAUACAUUUUUUUGAACAUUUGGAAAAAUGUCAUUGACAAAUCAGAUAGCAGAUUUAGUGCUUGUGAUUAGAUAAAGCCACUACGUUUUUUUUUUGUUGCUGCAUUAGAUAAUACUUUUGAUUAAAUACGUCAUAAUUUCAGAAAGUCUUGUUGUACAAGAAAAUAGGACUAGAGCUUUGUGUUAAGCUUUUUACACUAAAUGUUGCUUUUGUUAAAUUGUCCAGGAAAGAGCCAUAACAUUCUGACAAUGUUGACUCUGUUUAAAGUAAAGGAAACUGCAGAAUUUGCAUCUUAUUUUAACUAAUACGUUUACCUGAACUGUACGAGAUAAUUGCCACACAUUUAAAAUUUGCUAAAAAGACUGUGAUUAUAAACGAAAAAUAAGAAUUAAGCUGAACCUAUUCUCGCGUGUGCAUUUGUUG